AACAGAAGGUUAAUAAACUUUAAUGUUAUGUAAGCUGUUUUGUGUGGUCCAGCAUAUAAAAAUUUCAGUACAGCAUGCUCAAGUCCAGGGUAUCAACAUGUCAAAAUGGAUAGGAUACGAACACUGACACAAAGGCUCUUUGAAUACAUGAAGCUUCCAAAGUACAGCAACAAAGUUAUUAUUAAUUCGACAGAGUAUUGGUGGGAAUUCUCCCUUUUAAUCCUCUGGGGUCAGUGGUCAGAGUCGGCUCCCCAACAGAGGGGAGGAUGAUACUCUGCUGACACUUUGGUCAGGCAGAGCCAGCUGCUUGAACUGCACAGUUUUAACUGCAUGCAGCUUGAACGUUCGAAGAUUUGUUUCUUUUAUUUGAUCCCACAGGAUAGAGCACUCCUACUACUAAAAAGGAAAGUUCCAUUUAAAACACAAAACAAAAAAAUAAAUAGACAUUCAGUUUGAAACCUCUUUUGGAUAAGGUUGUAUUCCUAUAUUCCCCCCAGUAAGAAGGGCGCAUAUUUGGGGAGAAAGGAUAAAGGGUCAGCCUGGUUGAGCUGUGUCCUAUUAUUAGGCCUGGCUCAGACUCUCAGCGCUCAGCUGUAACCGUACUCCAUCUGUCAAGUCACGUCCUCUUCCUGCUCUCCCCCACACAGUAUCGCUGCAGCCAGGCUAAAGGCACUUCGGUCUGUGCCACCCUACAAGCCAGACAAACAGUAGGAUAGGUGAGUAGCUGCCUUCCCAGACCACCACACGCCAUGGAGGGUCUGGACGUCCAAUCCCAUAUCAAAGAUCGGGUGAUGACUGAGGAGCAGGAGGAUGAUGAACAAAACGGGGAACAAGAUGAAGGAGAAAUGGAGGCCUCUUCUCCUGUUGUCUCCAGCACAGAGGAAGAAACCGAUGAGGAUUCAGAACCGGAGCCCCCGCCUGUUAUCCGAAGGAAGGUGUCGUUCGCAGAUGCAUUUGGCCUCAACCUGGUUUCAGUUAAGGAGUUUGACAAUGCUGAGGUGACAGAACCAGAGCCUAGCUGGUCAAAUGGGAGGAAUAUAGUCAAAUCAACAGAAGAAAUAUAUCUGUCUUGCCUGUUUACUGUCCCCUCAUCCACAGAAGAGUUGGAUCAGAGGCUGUGCGAGCAGAUGGUUGAGCUGGAGAGCAUCGAGCUUCUUCCUGGAACAACAACCCUCCGUGGCAUCAUCCGGGUGGUGAACCUCUGCUACAAUAAAACAGUCUUUGCUCGGGUAACUCUGGAUCGCUGGAGCAGCUACUUUGACCUGCUGGCAGAUUACAUACCAGGGUCCAGCGACAGGAAAACAGACCGGUUCACCUUCAGGUACACUGUGGUUCCUCCGUUUGAGAAAGAAGGAACUAGGGUAGAGUUCUGCCUCCGAUAUGAAACUCCAAUGGGCACUUUCUGGGCUAAUAACAAAGGAAUGAACUAUGUGAUGUUCUGCCAUCAAAAGGCACAAGAAAAGGAAGGCGUGACCCAAACAGAAGAGGAGACCAGCAGCUACAAGAGCAAGAGGAGUUGUCUCAAAGCCAACAGGAAUGGAGACACAGAGAAGUCCAAGGAGAGCAUACACACUAAUAUUGCUGCUGCAGAUGGGGAAUGGACACAUGAAGUAGAAAAGACUUUUGUGGAGACAUCAUUUUAUCACGAAGACCAAAAACCUUGGGUGGAAAGCGUGAAAAGCCGGCGUAGAGCGAUCCGUUUGGCACGUGUGCAGGACUACCUCUGCCAGAGGAAGCAGCAGCAACCAAAGAGAUUUUCAAAUGACUCAGCCUGUGGCCUAAAGGUCUCUCAGCAUGCGUCAGCUGCACGGGGUGACUCUGCCAGCUAUCUCUAUAAAUCCCAAGAGACGCAAUCAAGUGAGAGUCCACAGGUACUUACCUACCAUCAGAUUCCUUUGCUAACAUUGGAUUGGAACAGCCAUACACCAGAACAGCCGGGCACUGCUGAUGACACCUGGACUGGGAGAGAUAAAGAGACUUUGUUAACAGAGUCAGAAGAAAAUACACCAUCUGUUAAUGAUAUGUGGGAGAGUUUUCCUAAAACUACACAUGAUAGCAACACUAAAGAAAACUCUGUGACUGAUGAAUGGCAGGUUUUCCUUAAUGGGCCCAGCUGCAAGCACCACUCUGAUGUCCCAGAGUCAGAGUGGCUCCAGACAGCAGCAUCGGUGCUUCCUUCACAUGAGAAGGAGCCGCAAAUCCAAUAUUCUGAAGAAAGUCAAGAAUUUGAGGAGGGCACAGAUACACCCACCACCUUACAAACCUUAGCUGCGUGUCAGCUGCUGUCAGACACUUGUGAAACGUUGUUGGCUGCCGUUGCCUUGAACACUAAGGAUGAUCAGCCGGCAGCGGCAUGUGUCAGCAGCACAGGAGAUGACAACACAGAGAUGCAAGACCCAUCCCAAAGGUCACAGACAAACUCUGUAACAGACACUCCACAGGAAUUCAACCUCAAGAGGGCACCGCCUCUGUCCGUGGGCAACGUUGACAGUCCAACGGAAUGUCACAGACACAAGGACUGGGAGCAAAACAGCAAAGAAAUAAUAGGAACAGCAGGAAGAGAAGAAGGCGAGCCCCUCGCUUUGCACACAGCUGACUCGGUAACAAGCUCAGGGGAAUCGGAGACAACAGACAUGACAGUAAUGCCAGAGACUCCGAAUGCCAGCAAUGUUGAUACAAUCUUGCCAGAUGCAAGGCAGGAUGGGGGGCUUUCUUGGAGCGAGGAACGAGAGGUUACAGGCACUGCACACAAUGCAGUAGGUGACAUCCUGGCAUUUAGGGAGACAAUCAGGGAGGAGACAAGGGACGGGGCCAGGUAUGACUUCUCUUCAUCCACGCAAGGAGAGGAGGAGGAGCUCAUGAUGAACUAUGCAGCAAAGAAGGUGCCAACAGAAGAGCCAAUAUUUAGGCCACAGGAAAGCAAAGAAUGUAAUAAGCCCCUAAGGUAUGGAGAUAAAAUCCAGUAUGAGGAAUUCAGGCAAAACCAAAACAGGGAGAUGGUUGAGAAUGAAACAAAAAAGGCAACAAGACACACAGACGAGUUUGAGUCAAAGCAAAGGUAUGAGGGAAAUGUAGAGAAGAACAAAAACAUUUUAAUGGAAGUGAAUGAAGCUAGCUCAUCCAAUUACUGCAAGACGAAUGUAGUACGAAAUGAAGCAGGAGCUGUUAAGACACAAAACAAAGAAAUGGAGGAAGUAACUGAUAAAGAUAGUGAGCUCAUGCAAAUGUUUGAUGUGGUAAAACUGCAACAAGAAGAUAGACAAUCUUCGUUACUUAUCACAGAACAUGAGGCACAGUCAUGGUCUGUCCAAGUGGAUGAAAAUCUGCAUGUUGAAUCAACUGAAGAUUUGCCUGUCACAGAAAUAGAGCAACAUAGUGACCAGAAAUCUGAAGCAAUCCCAGAAGAAUUGAAUUGUGAUAGAAAAGUAAUAGAGCAAAAAGAACUAAGCCCUUCUGCAGGUGUAAGUCCCACUGUCGAUACACUGGAAGCUAUAGUUUGCCAAACUAGCCAUGAUACACAAAUAUCUUGUCACACUCAUAGACAUAAUCUUAACCACUUGGAGGUGGUCGAAUCAAGAUUGGUAGAUCCCCAGACAGAUUCAAAGACUCAAAAGCCAAAUUCAGGCAGAGACAAAAAUCCAGAAGUAAUGGCAAAGGAGAAUUGUGCACAGAAAGAAACUUCGGCAGAACUCCGACCUGAAACAUCAGAAGGAACAAAACAAGAUCUUAGUAAGGAAGAUGAGAGAGUCUGUGUUAGAAGGCUUGAAAUGGAGGCAGUGAGAGAGUUGAUAGGUAAUGCAGAGAGCCCUCAGGAGGAGAAUGAAAAUGCUUGGAAAGAACAAGGAUCAUCAGCAAAAGUUAAGACUCCUCCACAUGUUGAAUACAACAAAAUGGCAGAGGGAAUAAAAGAUCCUAUUACAGUUGGCAAUAGUGCCGCACUUGACGCAACACAGUCAGGAAUUGAACAAAUGUUCAUAGAAAGAUUUGGAGACAAUUUGGUUUGUAGCAUCUGGGAAGAGGUCUUUGCCCGAGAAUUACAAACUUCUGCUUGCCAUACAAAUACUGCUGAUGACUUGAGAAGCAGGGUUACAGAUGCGAUUGAAGAGUUCCAGAAAAACUUGAGCGACACCUAUGAUUCAGGUCCAUUUUCACUGACUGAAUUUUCAGCAGAUCCAGCUGUAAAACCCUGUCAAGGAUCAGAGUCAGUCUUAAUUACUGAAUGCAAUGAAUACUCUCUGAAAGACAGAAUUCAUCUGCUUACUAUGACAGAGCACACGGACAGUCCCUCUCAAUUGCAGACUGAUUUGGAUCUGAGACCUAUAGUUCAUAAUGAGGACCCGAUGUUUAAACCAGCCCAAUAUCUGAGCUCUCCAAAGGAGCAGGAGUACAGCUCACAAAUUAAAGCCAGAUCGAUUUCUCAUCAGAGGAAAGAUUUUGAAAUAGAAGGCUGCACGUUUGCUGACACAGAGAGUGCAAAUCAGUCUUCACACCUUUCCUACAAACACCAGAGCUCCUCUGAGAAAUUAAAAGAGUCUGAUGCCUUUUUUUGGUGGACUAUAUUAUACACAAUCAUCCACAUUACUAGAUUACUAAUCUGCAUACUCCUAGUUGGAGGGUUCUUCAUCAUGGUCUUCCUCUACGACUUCCCAGCCUUCUUUGCACUCUACAUCUUUUCAAUGUCUUGGUGGAUUUUUAAGUGGAAGAGACACCAGGUGAUGACAGACAAAAAGGCUACGGAAUAGAUUAAAUUUUGUGGAUUCUCAUGCACAAGACAAUAUGGAGAAAUCACAUUUUAAGAAUAAAUAACACCAAGUGCAAUAUGCUGAUUGUGCGUUUGUGUAAUUGCGGAUUUUUAUUUUGCCUUUUUUUUAUGCAAUCUUGUAACCCUAACGAUAACAACUUGGAUCAGGAACGCAAGUAGUUUGAACACUGAAGUCUUUCAUUUCCUUUGUUUUGUUUUGAGGUAUUCAACUACUGAACUUCAAAUGGAACUGCAGAUUUGUUGUAAUGCUACAAAAUACAUAGAUGUAUUUGUCCUAUGUGUGUUAACUUGCUGUGUUUUUGGGCCCAAUACUACUUCACAAUGUAUGAGACUGAACAAUGAAUAUUCAAU